AUACCAGCAUCCCGUGCCUUGCCUGCGGGCGCAAACGCACACUCUCAAGGGCCCAGUCUUAGCGGCUGGAUCCUAAACCCAAUCAGACACCGCUUCUCCCUUUCCCCCGACCAAUGGGAAGGCUGUUGCUAACACGCCUGCUAUAUUUUUAGCUUUCAGUGCUCUGGGAGCGUGUGGGUCGGCUGAGCCUCUCUGCCUGGUGGAAGAUCUAGGGGAAAAGAGAGAAGGGAAGGGUAGGAGGAAAGGGAGGGUGCAGCGGGGCUGUGCGGGAGGGGGCGUGUGUGUGACGCUGUCACUCGCUGACGCACAAAGCAAGUAGUCCCUGGAGGUGCCCCCGGGGUUGCGGCGCUCAGAAGUGUGGGGGAUGGGGGGGGCGCUCAGGCUCCCUCCCGCCUCCCUGUCCCGGUGGAGUUUGCCCUCCAGCUCGGCCUGUCUCUGUUGCAUUCAGGGAAAGCGCAUUUAAAACCCCCACGCUACCGGUGCUCUCCGCCCUUGCCAAAAAAAGCGAUCAAGAAAAAAAAAAAGCAAACUGGAAACUUUCGGAUCUCGCCACCCAAAGUGGGGUUGGCGGCUGCUGCUGGGCCGGAACUGUCUGGCAUGACAAAAAAGGUGGGGGCGGGAGGGGAGAACUGGGAAAUGGGCGAGCUAAGGAGGGACAGGGGAGAAGACCUCACUCAUAGUCCCCCGGUGGCUCCAGACUGCAUCUUCCGGCACUCCUGUCCGCCUGUGACAGCAGAAGACGACCCUCCCUAUCCCUGGUUCUGUGUCCCGCACAGUCACAAAGAGGCAGAGCAGCCCGCGUGGCCAGAGCCGGGGCAGGGGGCCUCAGCGCGCGGGCCUGGCGCGCCCCGACCCGGGUUCGCGGAGCCUUGCUCCGCCGCUCGAGGGGCCGUAGUGGGUGCGAGCCUUGCGCCCGUUGCACCGUCAGGGACUAUCCCACGCCAGCGGGACUGUGACUAGAAGAAAUGGGGUUCUCCCGCGUGCCCCACACUGGGGUCGCUGGCCAGAGAGAGCAAACAAGAGUUGGGAGGGGAGCUGCGCCCGCGCGCCCUCCGGAGCCAGAGACGGUGAGGGGAAGGUCCAUUGUGGCGCUCGGCUCGUUUCAUGGCCGGCAGCCUCAUCCUCGCCUCCUCUUACUCCCGCACAGCGUGGCCCAGGCCCCAGAGUCCCCCUCGCCUUUCUUUCGACGUUGAGUCCCCCGAGGAAGCACAAGGCGCUCGGAAGACUCAGGCCUGCCCGAAACGAGUCCGAAACGUUUCCGGAGCCCGCGUCGUCCCCUCGGCUCCCCCUCCCGCAGAGGCCGUAACUGGGGCGAUGGGAUCGCCGUGGACACGGCCAGACGCUCGGAGCAGGAGGGAAGGCCCCGGGAAACGGCUCGGGCAAACGUCCGGACCCUGGGCGCCGAGGCAGGUGCAGGGCGGACGACUCAGCGGGGGGUUCCAGAGGGCAAGGCGACGCCCUCCCCUCCCCGCGAUACUCGUCCCCCAAACACAACUAAAGGGAGAGUGCACUGUGCUCGGCCCGUGAGCAACCCGGUCCCAGGUCGCCCCCGGCCCUCACGUUGCGCUCCUGGAGAACACCUACACGAUGCGCACAAGUUCAGAGAGUGGUAUGGGAAUGAAGGAAAGGAGUGCGGCGCGGCGCUGUGACGGGGAGGGUACGAGGGGAAGCUGCACGCAACACCUGCGAGCACAGAAGGGCCUGGGAGCUGGUCCGCGCAGCGCCAGCUAGCUGAGGCGCGGGGCUGGUUGGGAAGUAGUCCCGGCCGGGCCCCGGCCCCGCCCCUGCAGGGCGGAGGGACGCAUCACGCAGGGGUGGGGAAGCCGGAUCCGUGCGCAGGGUUGCUAAGGGUGAAACUUUUCAUUGACUUUGCUCACUUCGGGCCGGGGCGCGGGAAGGUGCGGGUUGUUGGCGGAGGCAAGUCAGUGGCUCGGGCGACGCGGGGCCAGAAGGGCAGGACCGCCCGCCGGCGACAGCCCAGACCGUCUUCCGUUCCGCGACACGAACCACCCUCCGGUCCGCCAUCCCCGCGUCGUCGCGGCUGGUCCGCCCGCUCGCCCGCCCUCCGGCCCCCAGCCGCGGAGCCCGACCUCCUAAGAGCUGAAAGAAAUUCUUGAGAGUCAUAGUCCAUAGCCCCCUGCUUCGUCCCCCAACCCUCAACGACGAAAAGGACCUCGGCCCCCCGGCCCAGCGGCGCCCGGGAAGGAAGGGAGAGCGACCUCCGCCCGGUGCUCAGGACCACCCUGGAGGGAGAAGCCGCCCUGCGGCCGGCAGAGCGCCCCGCCGCCGCGGAGACCCGAGUGAAGCCGUCUGGAGCCCGAGGCUGUACACGUGUCCUGUGCUGAUUCUCUGCCUAGGAAAGGACCAUGCAGCUAGAGAUCAAAGUGGCCCUGAACUUUAUCAUCUCCUACUUGUACAACAAGCUGCCCCGGCGCCGGGCAGACCUAUUUGGGGAGGAGCUAGAGCGGCUUUUGAAAAAUAAAUAUGAAGGCCACUGGUACCCUGAAAAACCCCUGAAGGGCUCUGGCUUCCGCUGUGUUCACAUUGGGGAGAUGGUGGACCCCGUGGUGGAGCUGGCUGCCAAGCGGAGUGGCCUGGCGGUGGAAGAUGUGCGGGCCAAUGUGCCUGAGGAGCUGAGUGUCUGGAUUGAUCCCUUUGAGGUGUCCUACCAGAUUGGUGAGAAGGGAGCUGUGAAAGUGCUGUACCUGGAUGAUAGUGAGGGUUGUGGUGCCCCAGAGCUGGACAAGGAGAUCAAGAGCAGCUUCAACCCUGACGCCCAGGUGUUCGUGCCCGUUGGCAGCCAGGACAGCUCCCUGUCCAACUCCCCAUCACCAUCCUUUGGCCAGUCACCCAGCCCUACCUUCAUUCCCCGCUCCGCUCAGCCCAUCACCUUCACCACUGCCUCCUUCGCUGCCACCAAAUUUGGCUCCACUAAGAUGAAGAAGGGUGGCGGGGCAGCAAGUGGCGGGGGUGUAGCCAGCAGUGGGGCAGGUGGCCAGCAGCCACCACAGCAGCCUCGCAUGGCCCGUUCACCCACCAACAGCCUGCUGAAGCACAAGAGCCUCUCUCUGUCUAUGCAUUCACUGAACUUCAUCACGGCCAACCCGGCCCCUCAGUCCCAGCUCUCGCCCAAUGCCAAGGAGUUCGUGUACAACGGUGGUGGCUCGCCCAGCCUCUUCUUUGAUGCGGCCGAUGGCCAGGGCAGUGGCACCCCAGGCCCGUUUGGAGGCAGUGGGGCUGGCACCUGCAACAGCAGCAGCUUUGACAUGGCCCAGGUAUUUGGAGGUGGUGCCAACAGCCUCUUCCUGGAGAAGACACCCUUUGUGGAAGGCCUCAGCUACAACCUGAACACCAUGCAGUAUCCCAGCCAGCCGUUCCAGCCCGUGGUGCUGGCCAACUGACCGUCUACCUGCCCGUGGGGCCAGAAGCACCCAAGACCACAGAAAAGAGAAAGAAAAGGCCAAAAAAAAGAGGAAAAGAAAAAUGUACAAAAAGAUUUUCGAUCUUCUCACUCUCACUUCUAGAAAAAAGAUCCAGCCCAGGCACGGAAUGGGAGGGCCCCGCAAAGCACCCAAGUGUGUUUCACUCACCCCUUACCGCUCACCCACCGGCCUGUGAUUUAUUUGGUUGGUUUGGGUUUUAUAUUUCUUUUUCUUUUUUUUUUCUUACAUGUAGUUUUCUAUAUAACAUCUUUAAUGAGUGGCUUCCUGUGCUAAGAAUGGUCCAGAUGUGAACUGCUGCUCCCUGCUCCUCCCUUCCUCCUUCACACUCCUAGUUUAGGAUUGGUGUGUCCAAGCUCACAGGGAAGAAAGAGCUGCAGCUGGAGCCUGACCCUCCCUGGAACAGGGAAAGGCUGGCCCGUGUCACUGCCUCUGUCACCCAGCUAUCCUCGCACUCAAAGCCAUCCAACCUCAGCAGGCCUUCUCGGGCCCUGCCACCUGAAUAGGUCUGACCCCAGUCCCGACUCCCUUUCAGGCUGGGCCACAGGGAGCUGCCGGCUGGCCACUUGACACCCUCCGCCUAGAGCUGAUGUCUGUGACUACAGGGAGAUUAGCACUUCGUCUAGUGAAACUCCUUUCAUCUCUGUCCUAUGGCCCCACCCCACCAUUCCCUCCAGGCCCAGACCAUCAUCAUGUGUGUGGCCUUCCUUUCCCUCAUGCAGCCCCUUCUUCCCCAGGCUGGAGGUUGUGGGUAGGGAGGGGUGUGUGUGUGUGUGUGUGUGUGUGUGUGUGUGUGUGUGUGUGUGUGUGUGUGUGUGUUUGGUUUGCUGUCCUUUUUUAAAGGAUUCCAAGCCAUGUGAAACUUCCCUUCUGGAUGUGAUUCUGGGUUGCAGCAAAUGCUUAUUUAUAUGUGGGGCUGGGGAAUGGGCUGGGGGUAUCGGCAGUCCUUUUGCAGGGCAGUGUGCAUGGUGGGGUGACACCACUGUGGCUGAGCCCAAGACACUCCCAGAGGAAAACACUGCAGAAGGAACUGGUUUGCAGACUGCAGAAGGAUCUGCACUUGUGUUUUUGACCAAAAAGAUACUAAUGUUAGCUCUGCAGGGCAGAGGGAAUGCCCAAGCCCCGAUGCCUAUGAGAAGCCCCCGGACUUCACCCUCCUGUUGUGUGACCUUAGCCCAGCGGGAGCUGCUCACCUGGGCACCCUUGGGGGUGGGCAGGGAGGCAGGGUGGGGUUUUAGAGUUAGUGUCUGUGCGGGGCAGCCCUGAGCCUGGAGUUGAGACUUUGCGUCUCUUAGUUGGAGGUGUUGAGUGCAUUUGUGCCCCUGCCUGGUUGAGAGCUUCUCGGUACCUCUUGCCACCCCUUCUCACUGCCCUGACCCAACCCCACUGGACCUUGAUGCUGCGAAGAGUGGUGUCCUGACAGGGACUCGGGCUCCCGCCUGAUGUGUUGGAUUAUAGGAGAGCGCUUGCUCGCCUGCCUCUGCAGGAGAGGGCUUGUUCCUCCAACCCUAGGAGGCCAGGCAAGCAUGAACAGGAGCCAAGGGAUCAGCGUCAUGAACUUUUUCUUCUUUGCAAAGAGGGGUACUUGGCAUCAGGGUCCCAUCGCCAGAAAGCACCAAAGCCCCUGGCACCCCACCCACUCCAUCCUACCCAGGGACCCCAAGUAGGCAACUGCUAUGGCAGUGGGUCCAGCCCAGGCCGGCACUGCCAGCCUCCUCUCCCUGCAGUGUGCACCAGCUCUACCUCCCCCGGCAGGCAAUGUCCUGGCUUCUCAGCCCAGCACCAUCUGUUCCCCUAGACUUCUCAGGGGCCAGCCCAGUCUGGGCCAUCCUUCCCCUCAUCCUUGGCUCCCACACAAGUGACAGGCCCAACAGAUAACUUCUCUCUGGGAAAGGUUGGAUGCUGCCUUACGUCCCCUUCUAGCCCUCCUCCCAUCGCCACACACAGGCACCCACCCGCACCAGGUCAGCUUGUUUCUCACAUGUAGGGAGAGAGGGGAGACCAACCCCUUUGUGUCUUGAAAUACGAAGAAAAAUGUGUGUUCAGGAGCAUGACUCCAGUGCUGCGCUCUUGGGCCCAGUUCAGUCCGUCUUGUCUCAAAUCUAGGCAUUUUUGCUUCAAUUUUAUUUUUUUUAAGAAAACAAAAACAGAAAUCUGCACUAAUUUACCUGGUUUCGUAGGAAAACUUUUUUUUAUUUUUUACAUUUUUUGGUGUCCGUUUGUAUUGAAUAAUUUGCUACAUUUGUAAAAUGUAAGAGGUAUAUAUAAUAUAUGUAUAUUUCUAACGUAAAAAACAAUUUUUUUCUUUUCAAGAUUUUUUCUUAAGAUGAGAGAAACAUAUUUUUUCAGGAAAAACAAACUUUAAAAAAAAAGAGGAGAAUAAAACCUUUUCUCCCCUUUCCCCAUCCUCUAUCCCUCUUUCCCAGGAACAAAUCAAAAGGUGGAUUAUCUUGUGAAGAAUGGAAACUGUUAGUCCAGAAUGAUGUCUUUUUCUCAAUGCAGUGAGUUAUAGAUUCUCUAGUUUUCUCCCUAGGGAUGGGAAGGGGGCAUUGAGGCAAGCCUGGAGAGGAGCCCGGGGAGCAGGGUCAUGAACUUUUUUCUUUAGUGAAGGAGGAAUACAAUCAAGGGUUUUGUAUUCAGAAUGUUGUGCAAUAUUUUGGAAUGGGACAUUGGUGUGUUUAGAGAUUUUAGUUUAAAAACAAAACAAAAAGAUUGAUCAAAUCUGUACAGUUUCUAUUGUUCCAGAUUUUUUAAGUUUGUAUUAAAAGCAUGAUAUAUAACAGC